CUUCCCGUCAGCGCAUGCGCAGUGGCGCCUCAGCGGUCCUGUCAGGGCGGGCGGGCGUGACAUGGCGGUGGCGGUGACAGGAGGCGGAAGCGGUGGCUGGUUCCCGGCUCUGGCGCUCGGGGUUUCCCUUCUCAAAUGUCUCCUCAUCCCGACCUAUCAUUCCACAGAUUUUGAAGUACAUAGAAAUUGGCUUGCCAUCACUCACAACUUGCCAGUCUCUCAAUGGUACUAUGAAGCAACUUCUGAGUGGACCUUGGACUACCCUCCCUUCUUUGCUUGGUUUGAAUGUGCACUGUCACACAUUGCCAAAUACUUUGACCCAGAAAUGUUGGUUAUCCAAAAUCUGUACUAUGCCAGUUAUGCCACUGUCCUCUUCCAAAGACUCUCCGUCAUCCUUACAGAUACUCUCUUUAUAUAUGCAGUUCGUGAAUGCUGCAGGUGUGUAAAUGGGAAACGAACUGGAAAAGACCUUCUGGAAAAACCAAUGUUUGUUCUUGCUGUGCUGCUGUUAUGGAACUUUGGUUUGUUAAUUGUGGAUCAUAUUCACUUUCAGUACAAUGGAUUUUUAUUUGGAUUAAUGCUUCUUUCUGUUGCUCGCCUAUUUCAGGAAAGGCAUUUGGAAGGGGCUGCUCUGUUUGCUGUUCUCCUACAUUUCAAGCACAUCUACAUCUAUGUAGCCCCAGCCUAUGGUGUAUACUUGCUACGAUCCUAUUGCUUUACUGAAAAUAAAGCAGAUGGAUCCCUUAAAUGGAGCAGUUUCAGCUUUCUUCGCAUAACUCUACUGGGAUUGAUUGUCUGCCUUGUUUCUGGUCUUUCAUUGGGACCCUUCAUAGUAUUGGGCCAGCUACCUCAACUCAUCUCACGGCUUUUUCCCUUCAAGAGAGGGCUAUGCCAUGCUUACUGGGCUCCUAAUUUCUGGGCUUUGUACAAUGCUGUGGACAAAGCAUUAGCAGUUAUUGGUCUAAAAUAUAAAUUCCUUGAUCCUGAGAAGAUGCAGAAGGCUGCCAUGACAGGAGGAUUGGUUCAAGAAUUUCAGCACACUGUCCUUCCUUCUGUGACACCCUUUGCAACAUUAAUCUGUACUGUCAUCUCUAUAUUGCCCUCUGUUUUCUGUCUUUGGUUUAAACCUCAAGGGCCCAAGGGAUUCCUUCAGUGCCUGAUACUUUGUGCCUUGAGCUCCUUCAUGUUUGGCUGGCAUGUGCACGAAAAAGCAAUACUCCUUGCUAUUCUUCCCUUGAGCUUAUUGUCUGUGCAGAGAGCAAAAUAUGCUGGCCUGUAUCUGAUUCUAACGACUACAGGGCACUUUUCACUCUUCCCAUUGUUGUUUACAGCACCAGAACUUCCAAUUAAAAUACUGCUAAUGCUGCUGUUCACAGUCUAUAGCUUCUCUUCAUUGAGGACUUUGUUCAGGAAAAAUGGGCCUCUGCUGAACUGGCUGGAAAUCCUCUACCUCACUGCAUUGGUGCCUCUGGAAAUCUUCUGUGAAAUUGUAUUCCCUUUGAGCCCCUGGAAACUGAAAUUGCCUUUUAUCCCUUUGUUACUAAGUUCUGUAUACUGUGCUCUAGGCAUCACAUAUGCUUGGCUCAAACUGUAUGUCUCCGUCUUGACUGAAUCAGCAACUGUCAGACAAAAGGCAGAAUAGAGAAGCAUCACUGGGAUCAGUGCCAAGAAAACCCUUCACGUGGACCAUCCGGCACUAGGGGGAGUGUUCUUCCAAGGACACGUCUGCAGUGAAAAGCCAACAGUACAGUGUCCUGUUCGGCUCAUAAGUGCAGCUUUUCAGCACCUCUGUACCAUCCAACUGUUAUACCUCUGAUCAAAGCAGCUGUCUAAAAUAAUGCGUUUCUCAUGAGGUGCUCCUUGCCAUGUAUAAACUGUGAAAUCUAAUUGGAAAAAAAAAUUAUAAAAAAAAUUGGCCACUUAAAAUGUCCAGAUUGCUGCCCUUGAGAAAAUGUAUGGCUACUGGUAAGGGAUCAUGGCUGUGUAGACAAGAACAUUGUAAUCAUGUACUGUGGAAAAUGUAAAUAAAAUUCUUUUUUAAUAUUCCUGCAUUCAUCAUCUUGAAUAGCCUUGCAGCUGAUAUGUUUGAACUUUGCUGCAAAGUUGUUCUCCAAAGGAGGCGUAUGAAUUAAAGUCAAAUUGUGAACUGUUUUUAUGCCCAGUAGUUGUUUGGCCAGACUUGUAUGCUGAUGAAGUAACAUAUGUGAACCUGAUUCUGUGUUUGCUGCGCUGGUUCCUUCCACCCCUUGCCCUACUUUCCAGUUACCAGACAUAUGCCUGAGUCCACUUCGCCUUGAAAAGUGACAGCACCAAAUGAUGACCAGCUCUUCUAAAACAAAGAGAGUGAUUAUCAUACCUCCAAGAAAAGCACAAGGAAUGUGUUGUUGGGGAAUAUGAGAUAUUUUUAUCACUAUUACAUUUGAUAUAAAUGACUUUUGAAAUGGAAACACAGUAGAAGAGAUUAAGGGCUUUCAUAUAACGUGAACUUCUCUGCCCCCCUGUCCAAAGGAAAAGCUAUUACUCUACAUCUCUGGUUGUGCAGUGGCAGAAAUCAGGUUCAACUUCCACAAUCUGUUCACAUCCUUUUUAAUCAAGGUUCCUAGAUGCUGAACUGUAUUAAACUGUGUGUUUCCCUUUUUGAA